AUUCACCAGAGCCAGAGCGGGGAGCAGAGCAGGCAGAAGGACUGAAGUACACUGCUGAGGGGAGCAGCAGGCGGCAGGAGAGGUCUGCGCGCCAUGUGGGACCCUCCUCCGGUGGCCGGGGAGCAGCCGGGGAUCGAACCGGCGCCGCAGAGACCGCGGGCAACUGUCCAACCCAGCGCUCAACUGCUGCGCCACCGGGGAGGCCCGAGGACAGACCUUUUAAUCCUGAGAGCCUUGUUUACUGCCUAGCACAAUGUAAAUGCUCAAGUAUUUAUUAAAUAAUGAAGGAAUCCAUUCUUCAUUGUGUUGUCUCAGUCCCUUGUAACAUAAAGUUAAGCAUAAUUCUACCUUCACCCUGGCCAUUGUCCAUGAAGCUUUCCUAACAUUUUCACCACCAUUUCUAGCAUUAAGUAAGCUUAUCCUGGGCAUCAACCCAUUUGGUAAUAAAAAGAACAAGUGCUUUAGAAUUGGGAAACUCUAGGCUCAUGUCUUGACUUUGCUGUUUAUCAGUUUGGGGCCAUGGGCAAAUUACUUAACCUGCAAGAACUUCAGUUUCCUCAUCUGUGAAAUGGGAAGGAUAAUAUUUACCUCAUAAUGUUAUUGAGUUCCCCCCAAAUAGUAUUUAUAAAGAGCCUGAUCCUUAAAAAGUGUUUAUUAAAUGCAAAUUCCCUAUACUAGGGAGACCCCUCCCUCACCCCCAGCAUAAUAGAGUUAAUAUGGUGGUUGCAGAGCCCGGUUCUGCUGCUGAUUAGUGCUCAAUAAAAUGAUGAUUAUUAUUCUGAGACAUAAUAUUAUACUAUAGUAUUUCUCCUGCUUUUCAUGAUCUACACAUACUAUUUAUUAAUCCCUAGUGUUGUCCCUAACCUUGUUACUAAAGGUUUGAUUUUGAUGUUACUCAAAUUUUCUAUUUCAUGUGCUGAAAAUCUUCGGUCAUUUAGAAAUGUUUAUUUAUGUGCUAACUUCUUCUUAGUGAAUUCUCUCUAUUGUGCUACAUUUCCUGACAACUUGCCUCCAAAAACCUGUACUAUACUCUAAGCACAUUUUUUCUCUGUAUAAUGUUAGCAUUGUUCACCUCAGGAGCUCCCUGAAGAAUUGGCAUUCAGAAGGAAUCUCUCAAACACAGACGUCUAUUUCUUCCCUGCCUCAAAAAUUUCAGACUAUCUUUGUCCAGAAUGUCAGGAAAGGCUGCAACCUUGGCCUACCAUGCUCCUUGUUCUUCAAAAGAACAAGAAGGUCUUAUAAUUGUGAAGGUUGAAGAAGAGAAUUAUGUUUGGGGGCAGGACUUUAGCCUUCAGGGAAGUGUCCAGAGCAAGGAGACUUUCCGUCAGCGGUUCAGGCAGUUUGGUUACUCUGAUUCUGCUGGACCCCGGGAAGCGCUGGGCCGGCUCCGGGAGCUUUGCUGUCGGUGGCUGAGGCCAGAGGUGCACACCAAGGAGCAGAUCCUAGAGCUGUUGGUCCUGGAGCAGUUCCUGGCCAUACUGCCUGAGGAGCUGCAGGCCUGGCUGCUAGAGCACCGACCAGAGAAUGGAGAGGAAGCCGUGACUAUGCUGGAGGAGCUGGAGAGAGAGCUUGAUGAACCAAGGCAACAGGACACAGCUCAUGGUCAAGGAAUGAUCUGGAAGGAAAUGACAUCCAAGGGUGCAUUGAAAUCUCUUAGCAGCCAGUUCCAGCCCUUGGAGAACCAGCACAAGAGUGAGGAUCUGGAGCCCCAGACUUUCCAUGAGAGAGAUGGCAAGUUGGUAACUGACAAAGUAUUGACAGCAAAGCAAGAAAUUAUUGAAUGUGUAGCAUCAGCAGCCAUGAUAUCCCCAAGAAGACUCCUUGGAGAAACUCCUUCAGGACAGAUAAUUGAAGCAGCUUUGGGAGGUCUGGAUAAUGUUGACAGGCUGAAAGAAAAUGCUGCAAGGAACACAAUGAAUCAGCUCCCUUCCCAGGAAAGACAUUUUAGUCUGGCAACUUUCAGCAAGAAAAUCUCCACAAAAGAGAGUGUUCUUGAAUGUAAUGAAAGAGAAGGAAAUCUAAGUCUGAACUCAGAUGUUAUAAUACAGCAGAGAAUUCACGCUGGGGGAAGGCUCUAUGAGUGCUCUGACUGUGGGAAAGCCUUUUGCCAGGGCUCAAAGCUGAUCAGACAUAAGAGAAUUCACACAGGAGAGAGGCCUUAUGCAUGUGAAGAGUGUGGUAAAGCUUUCAGUUUGAGCUCAGACCUUGUUAGACAUCAGAGAAUUCAUAGUGGUGAAAAGCCCUAUGAAUGCUGUGAAUGUGGAAAAGCUUUCAGGGGCAGCUCAGAACUUGUUAGGCAUCGGAGAAUUCACACUGGAGAGAAACCUUAUGAAUGUGGUGAGUGUGGGAAAGCCUUCAGCCGGAGCUCAGCACUUAUUCAGCAUAAGAAAAUCCACACUGGAGACAAAGGCUAUGAAUGUAUUGAAUGUGGUAAGGCUUUUGGUAGAAGCUCUAUCCUUAUUGAACAUCAAAGAAUUCACACUGGAGAGAAACCUUAUGAAUGUAAUGAAUGUGGAAAAUCAUUCAAUCAGAGCUCGGCCCUCACCCAGCACCAGAGAAUCCACACUGGGGAGAAGCCUUAUGAAUGCAGUGAAUGUAGGAAGACAUUUAGGCACAGGUCAGGCCUUAUGCAGCAUCAGAGAACUCACACCAGAGUUUAACUUUGUGGGUAAUAAUUGCACAAUUGUGAAAUACAAGGAAUUCACUUUGAGGGUGAGACUCCCUAGGAGAUAGAAGGUUCCUGAUAGCAGAGCUGUUUCUUCCACCCCUGUUCAGUACUGUUAAGUGUAGAUCCACAUGUUUGUUGAAAUGGUAAGUGGACACCUUUGCAGUAGGUCAGAGUUGGGGCAGAGAUCCUGAAAAUGCUACUCUUACAAUGAACUAAGGUGAUGUCUCCCUUGGCAAGGAUCCCUGCCCUGCAAGAACAUUUGUGCAUUUGACAAUUGGAGGCAUAUACUGAGCUAUUCAUUGAUCUGAAAUGUUGAAUUGUGAGGUUGUAAAAUAUGAAAUUGUGCCCUGGAUCAGGUUAGUAGUAUGUGGGCGAUGGUAGCUCUUUCUGCCUCUUUGCCAGUUUUCUCCUUUGUCCGGAGCUUCCUACUGAGGUCAGUUCAGAACAUUUUAAAAAAACACCUGCAAUGUGCCAGCCAUUGAAGGCAGACAUGAUCAUUGUUCUCCCAAAAUUAAGGCCUAAUUGUAUGUACAUUUUUUAUUAUGUAGGUAAUUACAUUUUUAUUAUGUAGUAAAAUGUUAAGUGCUUUGGCAGGAUAAAUCCAGGAUUCUCUCGAAAUACAUGGCAGGGGUACCUAACCUGGUCUAUGAAUCACUAACGACUUCCUGGAUGUGAUGAAAUCUCAAUUGAGAUGUAACAGGUGGUAGAAGUUAACCAGGUCAAGGGCAAGAGGGAAGAGAACAUUACAAGUAGAGGUUGUAGCACAUACUGUGGCAUAAAGGGAAGGUCGGGAAACACCCCUUCAUCAGGAUUCUUAAUUCUGGCAGGAAUUGUUUUUUUGUAGACCCUGAUUCUACACCUAGGACAACUGUUGGUUCCUUUCUUUCUUACUAUGAUCACUGAGUUGGUCAGCUUGUUCCAUACCCAGAGUACCUGACAGACCUCAAGUACUCCAGAGAAUUAGUAUGAUGGAAGAUUUUGGUGUGUACUCUGGGAAAAGGCCUAUAUGUACGUCAAAGAAAGAAUACAUAUUGAGGGCUGGAGCACAGUGGGGACUAUGGUAUGUGUCAUGACUCGGGGUUCCAGGAAAUAGGCAGCAUACAGGAACACAGGGAGUUUGCCUCCCCAAGUCCGUCCCCUCAUGAUGAGGCUUGCAAGUAUUACACUACUUGAGGACAACGCAUAUUUUAACCCCUUCUUGGAUUCCUUAGAAAUCUACUUCUCUGCUGUUUUUUAUUUUGGCAAUCUUAACUGGUAUUUAAUUAAAUACCUAAGAGAAAAUUUGCUUUUCUUCUAAGAUGUCCUGAUUUCCCUUUGAGAUAGUGUCAAUUCUGAAGAAGACAUCAUAUUUUAAAUACCAAUUAAUAGUUUUCUACUGGUUGUGAAUUAGUUGUAAAUGUUGAUAAUACAGAAAAUGAGGGCCUCCCUGGUGGCGCAAGGGGUUAAGCACAGCACUAUCAAGCUAUCUGCAGCCAUUGCAGCGCAAGUUCGAUCCUGGCCUACCAGGGAGCUACCCACAUAGCAUAGCAGACCUCUCCUGUCUCGCCUGCUGCUCUCCUCAGCAGUGUAUUUCAGUCAGUCUGUCUGUUCUAUUCCCCGUUCUGUCUCUGGUGAAUCCUCUCACCCUCUGCACCUCUGGCCUGUACCCGGGUUCUUGUAUGCAUAUAUAAAUAAACUAAAAAAAAAAAAAUACAGAAAAUGAGAAAGUCACUCACUGAUAAUUCCACCAUCUAUAGAAACAUUGCUAACAUUUUGGAGUACUUUUGAUCAUUUUUUUCCCCACAAUCCUAGUAUUUGGUUAAUAUCUUGUUUGGUAAAU